AGAUCGGUUUGCUUUGCAUGUCGUCAUGAACCCUAGAAACUGAUAUCAAAAUUAAAAUUAUGGACCCAAACUCUCUGCCAUAAAUAACCAUCUCUCCAAAGACAAUUCACACCACUUGAGAAACAUAACACUACCUGAUAAACAAAAAAAAAAGAAAAAUAGAGAAAGGAGCUCUUUUUUCAUUUCUUUUUUCGCACACUGAAGAUCUCAUAGUGUCGACAUGGGCUAUUGCCAAGACGACAAGCUAGUGAACACGAUCUGCGAUCUGUACGAAAAGAUCUCGAAGCUCGAGAGCCUGAGACCUUGUGAAGAUGUCGACACUCUUUUCAAGCAGCUUGUGUCCACAUGCAUACCACCAAACCCUAACAUCGACGUCACCAAAAUGUGUGAAAGCAUCCAAGAGAUGAGAUCAAACCUCAUCAAACUCUGUGGGCAUGCUGAAGGUCACUUAGAGCAUCACUUCUCUUCAAUCUUAACCUCGUUUGAAGACAACCCACUUCACCAUUUGAACGUUUUCCCGUACUACAACAACUAUCUCAAACUAAGCAAGCUCGAGUUCGAUCUCCUCGAACAAAACCUUAACGGAUCUGUUCCAAAGACUGUAGCUUUCAUUGGCUCUGGUCCUCUCCCUCUCACUUCCAUCGUUCUUGCCUCUUUCCAUCUCAAAGACUCAAUCUUUCACAACUUUGAUGUCGACCCAUCAGCGAACUCCGUUGCAGCUCGUCUGGUUUCUUCUGAUCCUGACCUCUCUCAACGCAUGUUCUUCCAUACCGUUGAUGUAAUGGAUGUAACAGAGAGCUUGAAGGACUUCGACGUUGUAUUCUUGGCAGCUCUUGUCGGGAUGGAUAAACAAGAGAAGAUUAAAGUGAUCGAGCAUCUUGAGAAACACAUGUCUCCUGGUGCUUUGCUCAUGUUGAGAAGCGCUCAUGGACCUAGAGCAUUUCUAUAUCCCAUCGUUGAGCCUUGCGAUCUCCAAGGUUUCCAAGUGUUAUCGGUUUAUCACCCGACCGAUGAAGUUAUCAACUCUGUUGUGAUCUCAAGGAAGCUCGAUGGAGAUGUAGGUAAUCAUGAUCACAUGGAUCAAGCUUCUGAGCUCGCGUGCAACUGUUCCCAGAUCCACGCGAUUAUGAACAAGAAGAAGAGCAUUGUCGAGGAGUUCACAGGUUCUAUUGAAGAACAGCUUUCUUAGAGGUUACUGUUUUAUUACAGUUUUCUUUAUCUAUCUAUUAUGUCUUUUUUCUACAAUAAACUGGAUGUUCAUGCUACAGUAUCGUUCUUGUCUUUUCUUUGUUCUGUUUCUUAUUUGACAAUGACCAUUUCUUUUUGUUUGAUUCUGACAAGUCUAUUGCAA